CUGAUCCUGACCUGAGGAUUGAUUUUCCAGCUUGACCUAGGACUUAGGACCUGGCUUAUCAGCAUCAACCUGCCUGAAAGUCUGGACUCAGUCACCAAGGAUCUUACUUUCUGUUUCACUCAGUGGGAUAGUUCAUUUGCGUAAAAGCAAGUCACCAUGAGGAAAUAUUCGGCUGAGCAACAUUACUGACACCCCGAUUUCAGUCUUUGGGAAUAGAAACCGAAACAAACAUACGACCAAUAAAGGCGCAUCCAUCAUCCAAGAGGUGGCAGAUUGAGAAUUACCCAUGGCUGCUGUCACUGACAGAGAUCCUGCACCCAGAAGGAGCAACCAAGGGUGGAAGAUACAGCCAAAUGACUUCAAAAGAAAUUAUUUGCCUGAUCACCAUCCAGAAGUGGUCUACCUGCUGUAUGAAAUCAGGUGGAGGAGAGGUACCAUCUGGAGGAACUGGUGCUCAAACAAUUCUAGCCAACAUGCUGAAGUCAACUUCUUGGAAAAUUGUUUCAAGGCCACGCCAUCAGUUUCUUGCUCCAUCACCUGGGUCCUAUCUACUACGCCCUGUGGGAAAUGCUCCAAAAGAAUUCUGGACUUCCUGAGGGUACAUCCCAAUGUGACCUUGGAAAUAUAUGCAGCCAAGCUGUUCAAGCACCUGGAUAUCCGUAACCGGCAAGGUCUCAGGAACCUGGCACUGACAGGAGUCGCUAUACGUAUCAUGAAUCUUGCAGACUACAGUUACUGCUGGAAAACAUUUGUUGCACACGAACAUGGACAAGGUGAUUAUUGGCCCUUGAGCUUCGCUUCAUACAUCUUUCUGAAUUCAACAGAGCUGUCUCAUAUCCUUUUGAAACAACAGAAUAAAAGGGAAAAUGUCAACUUUGUGAAAACUUUGCUUUUCUUGUUCUGUUCCUCGGCACAUACCCUUCCCAUGUAAUUCCACACUCUGGAGUCCUAGCUGUUCAUUGCAACCUGGGGAACGCAGCAAAAAGUCUCUGCUUUUCCAGCUGGAAACACUGAGUGGAAUGGUGAGGUAAGAGGUAUUGAAAGCUCUGAGCUCUCUCUACAGGCAGAAGGCAAAAAGAAGAUACAGGUGUGCUGGGCCUCGCAGCAGUUUUCAGUUUGCACUGCAAAUAAUGCAAAACAUCUGAAUGAAUCAUGUUGGGAGCUCCAUGUUUCACGAUUCUCAACCGCUCCAAGCAGGAGGCCCAUUGUGUGAUCCCACCGGAGAAUGUGCCGCUACCGGGAUCUGCAACAUGCAGGCACAAAUGAUUAUUUGAAGAAUAAGGCAGGGGCUGGUAGGAACCUUGCCUAUCUCUUCUAGCUGAUUAAGGCUUAUGGCAUCCUUUGGCCAUGUCAGUCUCUGGAUGUUUAGCAGACAAUCAAGACAGCCAGAAAAGUUGCAAGCUGAGGAAGCAGCUCCAGCUCCUGCUGUCUAAGAGAGUACCUAAAGCUGAGUGCAGCUGGCUGGUGAGUGUUUCCUACAUUAACCAGAUAAAAUUACUCCAAGCAAUGUAUAGCAUGACUAAAGUUUUUUUCCCCCUGUCCAGGACCUCAGGCUGGAUAUCAUAUGCUUUCUUUCUGGCCAUUUUAGUGUUAAGUCUUUAUUUCCUUAAGGAGAAAUCAAAUCACUUGAUCAACAUGCAGCUGAGUACACCAAGGUCCAUAAUCAUUCCGCAACGUAACUUGUAAAUUACUGGUCUGCUGUGGAACGUGGCAGCUCGAUUUGAGCCUAAUCAACAUAUAUAUAUCUACAAACACCUUCCUUUGUGUCUUACUUUGAAACUUCAUUAUGCCACAGAAGUUAGCUGAAUUCCAUCUGAGAAUCUACUAAGUACAACAGCACAAAGCUAUACAACAAUAUGUAGUAUCCAUGGCCAGUACAAAAUGGAAGCUCUUAUAUUUUAAGAAAAUCUGCAAGACCUGAAGACCAAUCUGUGUCUCUUGCCAGAAAUACUUAAACAUCAUAGAAUCUUGCUCACAGCUUAGCAUAGCACCAAGCAGGCUUUACCCGUAGCAGUGUGGAAAUUACUGACACAUUGCUAGUUCACAUGAAAUAACCAAAAAAUUCUGGCAGGUGCCACUAUGUUUCUGUACUUUAAAAUUAAUAUGCAGUCAGACUUUGACUUUGGAAAGGAUGGAGCAAAUGGGUAUAUCUCUGGUUCACCCCUCUUGUCUGGACUCACUUGUACUGGGGUAGGGCCACGGGACCUUGAUCACACUCCAGCUGGAAUUGUUCAAGCAUCCAUAAAAUGCUGUUCCUGCUUUCAGCUAUCUCCAAGAACCUGCUUCAUUUCCUUUCUCAGAAUAGCAAUGUAGCUGCUUAUGCUUCAGAAAGGGCUACUGAAUACUCAGAAACCGCAUUUGGCCUAGGAAGAGCUGAAGAGAGCUGGGGCCUGUGAUUGUGUCAGAUGAGAAGUAUUGCACCUUCUCACUUUGUUCUUCUCUUCCCUAGUAUUUCUCUUUCAGGAACCCAUUGCUGCUGUGUUUCUCUUUUGGGACCCGUAGCAAGACUGACUAGCUCUUCUACAAAGGAGGAACAAACAAACAAAAAGUUGGACAGAAAACCGCAUAAAUACAGGGGACAGCAAAUUAAAACAUUUGUUUGGGAAGCAAGAGUCAGAAAGUUAAUACUGUAAAUAUAGGGAGGUGAAAAAGGACAUAAACCAGCAAGCACAGCCCUGUGCAGACACCCACUGCAGCAAUCCUAGCCCAUUAGGCAAGAACUUUACAGCGGUGACGGUCCUGUAAUGUGUAGGGCUAUCUCAAAGGGAGCAAGAGGACACCUGAUAAAGCAGAAAUGAUGAACGAGGCAGUGUGAGAGAUGGUGACGUACUCACAGUGGAGCCUUGACUCUGAAGUGAACACUUCAGUCACAGGUUGCUGCCUCCACCUUCCCCGUCACACCUCCUCCUGGGGACAGUCUCUUGCUACAGCUGCACACCGGGGCAUAAUGAAGCAGAGGUCUCUGGCAUCCCCAUCCCUGUUGUGGGUCACAGUUCUGCUACUGCUGGUGUCAGCUCUGGGCAUCACCAAGUCAUUCAGCUGCACAGAAGUGCCUGGAUUAACUGAAGUGCGCACACUCACCUUUAUGAGUCAGCCGGUGUGUAUGAUUCUUCACGGAAGGCUCAGCCCUUUCCCACUGAAGGCAGGAGGACAAACUUUCCUCUGGUCCGUUUGGAAGCAUGCCAGUUCCAAGACAGCCCAGUGAAGUUUUUUACACCAGUUUCAGCGGCCAGAGUGAACCUGUAAUCUACUGUAUCCCUGCUGUGCCCUUACUGGUGUGUUAGGCUGUAGAGGUGAAUCUACCACACUGCUAGGCUAUAGAGGUAACCGCAGAACAGCGGGUCUGCUCUCACCUCCUUCUGUCCCUCUGGACUGGUAAAAACACUGUUCCAGCUUGUAGAGUAGGAUAGUUCUUAACUGUGAUUUAAUAACAAGAUUAUAACGUGGAGACAUCAACAUCCUCCCUGCCCUGGAACUUGGGUGCACUCGCCCGUGUGAGGAGACGGGCCCCUUCUAGGCAGGAAGGUGACCUCUGUCAGCAUUAGCCCUGCACCUUUGACAGUCACAUCAGUCCUUCCACUGGUCUGCUUCACAAUAAUAACGACAACAGCAGCAACAGCAAUGGUCUUUCAGCUGUAUCUGGUGUUGGUUUGGAAGCCUGAAGGGAAACCUGCCUAUGACAAAAGUCAUAGGUUUAAAAGCCAAAGGCAGCCUUCAAAUUACUUACCACAGUUUGGUGCCUACCCUUUUGCUCUGACCUCGGCUCUUGCAGCAACCUGCUUUCUCCUUCCCCUUCUGAGACUCUGCUUAUCACUGCUGGCAUUGUCAGAACAGUCUCUUCGGUGCCAAACCCCUCCACGUUUCUUCUGCAAACCAAAUCUGAUUUCCAUCACUGCAAAUAUUUAAUACAUAUGUGAUUAAAUAAUGAAAUUUCUGCUCAUAGAAACACCAAAGGGUCAGCACCAGGGAGGGGAGAAAAAAUGACUCGAGCUAGAGGACAAUGUUGGACAUGAAUACAUCUAGGCUAAAAACUCCUAAAGGGGCAAGUAGCAGGGCACUGGACUCUAAGACCCUGAAGCUCCUUUCUGUCCUGGUUUCCAAGUACCAGCAUGAGGGAGAGAGAGCAAGUGGGGGAAGGAGAAGGCAGGGGGGUGUGGGGAAGCAUGACGUGCUUUGAAAAUCCCCCUUGUAUUUGCAAGGGCCUGGAGUGUGUCUUUGCAUUGUUUAAUGGUAAUCUGUUUCUUAUUAUUGCAAUGUGAUG